AGGGCGGUUUCUUAAACUCGGCGCCCGAGUUUAAGAGGAGAUUUUCGCGGAGCUGCCGGCUUACAUUGCUGUAAACUUGGGUGUGCAACGCAGUGUGUUCGCUGCAUUGUCUGUUUAAUAAGUACGAAACGUGGAGCAAUUAAGGCACCGGGUGUUCAUCUCAGGGGCAGCUGUACUCCGUUUUCUGCUGGAUUAAUGCACCGCCCCAUACUGUGAUUUGGUGAUUGCCGCGUAUCUGAGGGCUGAAGCUGGAUUUUUGGUCACCUACCGACUGAACACUGGUUCUAAAAAAAAACAGAAGAUGGAAGGUGGACCAGUAGCAGUGUGAGCUUCCUGUUAAAUGUUUUUAAGACAUUUUUAUUGACCCUGCAUUAUUGGUCGGAGACAUGGCUUCAGAUACGAUGACAGUGGCUGGUCUGGGUCGACCUUUUGAUCUCGGAAUGCUCUACAAUGCAUUAACAGAUGAGCCAAUAUGUGGUUUCACCUUGUGGGAUGAUCGCACUCUACAAGAGCACACAGUUGAGAGACCUCAAAGAAGCAGCACAUUUGAAACUUCUGCUUGCGACUCCAUUGAAUCCAGAUGUUCCUUGUUGGGUUUAGAACCUUCUUUGAAGGCCAGUUUUCUUAGUGGAUGUGUAGAAGUUGGAGGAUCUGGCAAAUAUCUGACCGAUAAAAAGACAUUCAAGAAUCAAAGUAGAGUGACUAUUCAGUACCAAGCUACCACCAGCCUCAGAAACUUAUCAGCAUCUAUAAUUGGCACCAUAAAUGAACCGCAGAGACAAAUUAUAGAAAGUAUCUCAGCUACACAUAUAGUCACUGGUAUCCUUUAUGGGGCCAAUGCCUUGUUUGCAUUUGAUAGUGAGAAGUUAGACAGUAGCCAAGUUAAGGACAUCCAGGGAAGCAUGGAUGCUUUAAUAAAGAAUAUCCAUGUUGACGGGAAACUUAAAGUUGAGCUGACUAAAGAAGAAAAAGACCUGAGCAAGAAAUUCUCCUGUAAAUUCUUUGGAGACUUCAUUCUGGACAGCAACCCUACAACAUUUGAAGAAGCAAUGAAGACCAUUGCAGAACUGCCAAGGAUCCUGAAGGAACAGGGUGAAAAUGCUGUUCCUAUAAAAGUUUGGCUGACGCCACUGAAGACAUUAGGGUAUGGAGGUGCAGAGCUGGAGAAAGACAUCAGCGUUGACUCACUAAGGAGGAUUGAAGAUACUCUGGAAGCUCUAAAGGAGAUGAAAGAGAGAUGCAAUGACUCUCUGGAUGAGGUGGUGGUGAAGCAUUUCCCACAAAUUAAAAAGUACCUACAAAAGUUUCAGAAGUUGUGUAGUGAUAAAAUCUCUCACCUCCAACGAGCUCUGAAAAGAGUGCUUCCCUCCAUUCGUGAAGGUAGAGCGGAUGAGAGCUCACUGAACGACGUUUUUGAUGACUUAGACAAGUCACCAUACAAUCUGGGAAAUCUUAGCAAGUGCCUUGACUAUAGAGAGAGAGAAAUCAACAUCAUCAGGUCAUUUUUAGGGAGGAUGGAGGGAAUAAAGAUUGUUCAAAAUAAGUCAGAAUUAGAUAGAGCAGUACUUGCCACAGGUGUAAAUCAUGCAUUUUGCUUUGUUUUCACCGGUUUGAAAGAUGCUGACCUCAACCUUGAUGCAAUGGCCAAUGAAGACCCAUGGUAUUAUUUAAACAAUACCUUGGAUCAUAUGAAAGAAGUAGCAGCCAUUUUCAUGGAUCUUUACAGAGCAUACGAGAGCAGCACCCAGCUCUGUUUCCUUGUAGCAGCUAUACAACACCAGAAUCACAAAGGAGCCACCAUUUAUCAUUACAAGGAGGGCAGAAUGAUUACUGAUCAUUUUUCAAAGCCCAAGAUUCGGGAUCCCAGAACUAUAAAAAAGCGAAGUCAUUUUCUUUGGAAUUACUGUCAUCUCACUCUGGACCCAGACACUGCAAAUAACUACCUCACUCUAUCUGAAGACAACAAGAAGGCAACAUGUGGGAAGUGGCAAACCUAUCCAGAUCACCCAGAGAGAUUUGAUAAGCAUACACAGGUUCUGUGCAAACAGCCGCUGACUGGUCGCCACUAUUGGGAAGUAGAGUGGAGUGCUGGUUAUAUGCUGAGUGAUGUUGGCAUAGCUGUUGCAUACAAAGAAAUUGGAAGGAAAGGAAGAAUGGAUGAUUUAGAGCUUGGAUGUAACAAGAUAUCCUGGUAUUUUGGUGUGGAUAAAAGUGAAUCCUUUGUUCCUUUGAGAGACGCACUUUACAAGAUUGUGUCUAAAGUGGAAUCCUUCAUCCCUUUUGUAGACAUAUUUUAUAAAAGGCUUGUAGCAUACCAUGAUAAUAAGGUGAGGAAGGUUUUUUCUCUUACUAGAUUGGGCAGAGUUGGUGUGUAUCUGGAUUGGCCUGCAGGCACUUUGUCCUUCUACGAUGCUUCCUCUAAUAGUGACAAACUUGUUCAUCUGUACACCUUUGAAACCAAAUUCUCAGAGUCUGUUUACCCAGGGUUUUACAUCUAUUACCCAUCCAAUUAUGUUGUCCUGUGUCCAGCUAGUCAGAUGAUGGAAAACAUUUUGCAUAUACCUGUUUACUGACAAAGAAGUAAAGCGCUCUGUAACAAAGACCAACUUGUAGAGGAAAGUCUCACCUUUGCUUUGUUGCUUCAGUGGUGAAGGAGGAGUGCUGAUUGAGCAUUGCUCGCACUUCCACCUCCAGCCAUUGGCCAACUCUAGGGUGACCGAGCAAUAAGGUGUGACGGACCUUAUUUGCAAUGCAAAAACGAAGUAUGAUAAUAAGUGCUUUGAUACAGCUUCUUUGUCCAUGCUUUGCUGUCUCCUCAUUGCUUGCUACACACCAAGGAGUGUCUACGCUCCACAAAAACAGCAACAUGCUUUCUGUAUGACACACGGUGAUGACCUAGAUUUAAUUGGUCUGAUAUUUUGUGCCAUAUUUGUAAAUACUUGGUUGAGGAGAAAUGUAAUCUAAAUUUUUGACUGCUUCUUGUCUUUGUUAUCCUGACCUGGUUGAAUAAAAGGCU